CGCGCUCCCGCGGCCCGGCGCAGCCCCAGGCCGCCGAGGGACGGCGGGGCCGGCGCCAUGGCCGAGCGGGGCCGCCUCGGCCUGCCUGGCGCCCCCGGAGCGCUCAACACCCCGGUGCCCAUGAACCUGUUCGCCACCUGGGAGGUGGACGGCUCCAGCCCCAGCUGCGUGCCCAGGUUGUGUAGCCUGACCCUGAAGAAACUGGCAGUGCUCCGGGAGCUGGAGAAGGAACUUCUGUCCGUGGUGAUUGCCGUCAAAAUGCAGGGUUCCAAACGUGUCCUGAGAUCGCAUGAGAUUGUGCUGCCUCCCAGUGGACAAGUAGAAACUGACCUAGCUCUGACCUUCUCUCUCCAGUAUCCCCACUUCCUGAAGAGAGAAGGCAACAAACUACAGAUCAUGCUGCAGCGCAGAAAGCGGUACAAGAACAGGACGAUCCUGGGCUAUAAAACACUGGCUGUAGGCUCUAUCAACAUGGCUGAGGUGAUGCAGCACCCCUCUGAGGGCGGCCAGGUGCUGAGCCUCUGCAGCAGCAUCAAAGAGGCCUCUGUCAAGGUGGCUGAGAUUUGGAUCGUCUCUCUGUCCAGCCAGCCCAUCGACCAUGAGGAUAGUGCAAUGCAGGCUGGCCCCAAGGCCAAGUCCACAGAUAACUACUCUGAGGAGGAGUAUGAGAGCUUUUCCUCUGAGCAAGAAGCCAGUGAUGAUGCUGUACAAGGGCAGGAUCUUGACGAGGAUGACUUUGAUGUGGGAAAACCCAAGAAGCAGCGGCGCUCGAUAGUAAGAACGACGUCCAUGACCAGGCAACAGAACUUUAAGCAGAAGGUGGUGGCACUGCUGCGCAGGUUUAAAGUUUCAGAGGAGGUCUUAGAUUCGGAGCAGGACCCCGCAGAACAUGUUCCUGAGGUGGAGGAGGACCUGGAUCUUCUGUAUGACACACUGGAUGUGGAGAAUCCCAGUGACAGUGGCCCUGACAUGGACGAUGAUGACAGUGUCCUUAGCACCCCCAAGCCCAAGCUCAGGCCAUACUUCGAAGGCCUGUCUCACUCUAGCUCACAGACGGAGAUAGGGAGCAUCCACAGUGCUCGGAGCCACAGGGAGCCUCCGAGCCCGGCGGAUGUACCCGAGAAGACGAGAUCCCUGGGAGGCAAGCAGCCAAGUGACAGCGUCUCUGACACAGUGGCCCUUAGUACGCCAGUCCCCCGCGAACCAUCAGGGCAAGCUGAGGAUAGUCCAGAGUCUGAGACCUCUACCUUGGAUGUGUUCACGGAGAAGCUGCCGCCCAGUGGAAGAAUCACCAAGACUGAGUCACUUGUCAUCCCCUCCACCAGCAGGUCAGAGUCAAAGCCAGCCGGCCGCCGGGGCCGGAGCACAUCCCUGAAGGAGCGACAGCCAGCUCGACCGCAGAAUGAGCGAGCCAACAGCCUAGACAACGAGCGCUGUCCAGACACAAGGAGCCAGCUGCAGAUUCCCAGGAAAACUGUGUAUGACCAACUGAAUCACAUCCUCAUCUCUGAUGACCAACUCCCUGAGAAUAUCAUUCUCGUCAACACCUCUGACUGGCAGGGACAGUUCCUCUCAGAUGUCCUGCAGAAGCACACACUUCCUGUGGUGUGCACAUGCUCCGCUGCUGAUGUGCAGGCCGCCUUCAGCACCAUUGUCUCUCGGAUACAGCGAUACUGCAACUGCAAUUCUCAGCCACCGACCCCUGUGAAGAUCGCUGUGGCAGGAGCACAGCAUUACCUCAGCGCCAUCCUGCGGCUUUUCGUGGAGCAGCUGUCUCACAAGACGCCUGACUGGCUCGGCUACAUGCGCUUCCUCAUCAUCCCACUGGGCUCCCACCCUGUGGCCAGGUACCUGGGCUCCGUGGACUACCGCUACAACAACUUCUUCCAGGAUCUGGCCUGGAGAGACCUGUUCAACAAGCUGGAAGCCCAGAGCAGUGUGCAGGACACACCAGACAUCGUGUCACGCAUCACGCAGUACAUCUCAGGAGCCAACUGUGCUCACCAGCUGCCCAUCGCAGAGGCCAUGCUGACCUACAAGCAGAAGAGAUGCACUGGCGUCUGGCACCAGUAUGAGGAAACGAGACAGGAGAGUCCCAAGAACCAUGCAGAAACAACUCCAGCUGAUAACCUGCUCUUCAGACCAGAAGCCACUGGGGAAGGGCAGGAAGGAAGGGUGCGGAGGAAACAGGUAGAACCAGCCCACCACCAGAGCCAGUCCUGCCAAGAGAUGCAAGACACACUGACUGCUGAUGGAGCCAUGUGCCUCAGGCUGAGCCCCGAUGAAGAAUCCUCUCAGAGGUUCAUUCCCUUUGUUGGGGUUGUGAAGGUUGGACUUGUGGAACCGUCUUCAGCCACAUCAGGAGACUCGGACGACGCAGCCCCCUCAGGGUCCAGUGUACUCUCUUCUACCCCACCGUCUGUGUCUACAUCUCCUGCGGCCAAGGAGGCUUCGCCUACCCCACCCUCCUCCCCUUCAGUGAGUGGAGGCCUGUCCUCCCCCAGCCAGGGCGUCGGCGCUGAGCUGAUGGGGCUGCAGGUGGACUACUGGACAGCAGCACAGCCUGCGGACAGGAAGAGAGAUGCCGAGAAGAAGGACCUGCCCACCACCAAAAACACGCUCAAGUGCACUUUCCGGUCCCUCCAGGUCAGCCGGCUGCCCAGCAGUGGCGAGGCUGCAGCCACACCCACCAUGUCCAUGACUGUGGUCACCAAGGAGAAGAACAAGAAGGUGAUGUUUUUGCCCAAGAAAACAAAGGACAAGGAUGUGGAAUCCAAAAGCCAGUGCAUUGAAGGCAUCAGCCGGCUGAUCUGCACAGCUAAGCACCAACAGAACAUGCUUCGGGUCCUCAUCGACGGCGUGGAGUGCAGCGAUGUCAAGUUCUUCCAGCUGGCCGCCCAGUGGUCUUCCCACGUGAAGCACUUCCCUAUCUGCAUCUUUGGACACUCCAAGGCCACCUUCUAGCCCCACCCACGGAAUGGCUGUCACAGGACAGUGGAGGGGCCUAUGUCCUGCUCUUUGUCAGCCAUGGAUGGAGGGACAGCUGUGUUUCUGUUAACACGUGGUUACUACAGAGACAGACUUUUAAAAACACAAAGAAACAGUCUUAAGUAUGAAUGUGCUCUUAGCCCAGAAAAUAAGGGGACACUAGCCUCCUGUGGGCCACUGAGUAACUUUGCUCUGCUUAUUAACCAGAAUAUGUGGGCUGGUGGAAAGGCUGAUAAGAAGGGAGGUGAACUCUGGGCUCAUGAAAUCCCAGAACCACAAGCAAGAAGUGUUCUUACCUUUGUGUCCUGUCCUUUCCUGAGGUCAGGAUUCUGCUUCCUGAGGGAGUAGGGAGCAGGGUACAAGCUUUGGAGUUUAGUGGCCAAAAGCUGAGGGUCAAGGGCAUGUUGGUCUCCUAGCAUGGGAUGUCGGCCCUUGGUACCCCGUGUGUGGUUCCCAAUAAACUCCAGCCGCAUGGCGGAGGUUUUAUCGUAGCCGAUCAUUCUGAUGCUCUCAAAUACAUUUGGAGACAUAACUGCCAAGCAGAUGUUGGUCUUGUAAAGUACCCUUGGGCGGGGCAGAGCCAGCAGGAGCUGCUUACCCAACCCUACCCCUCUGAAUCCCACUCCAGAGGCACCAAUAGGCUUCUUCAGGUCCUGCAGCUUAGAUCAGGUGGCCCUUUCGAAUUUCCCAGAGUCUGUCCUGGAAGUGGGAGACACUGCUGGGUCUGUCUGAGACCUGUUCUACCAUGCCCUUUCACCUCUAUUCUGCUUGCUGGGCUGUCCAGGAUUGGCCAUGUGGGGUCUGGGUUGAGAACUGGAGAAGGGCAACUAGAGUGUGUGUGUGGGGGGGUGCGUGUGUGUGUGUGUGUGUGUGUGUGUGUGUGUGUGUGUGUGUGCGCGCGUGCCGCCAUUCUUGUCGGCAGCUCCAUCCACCACCACCUUCCCACCCAGCAGGAGAUGGGUGCUGGCCUGUAGUGAGGGUCAUCCUGACUGUACAUGUAUCAUCAGACUCUGGAGGAGGUCACUGCCUCAGUUGUAAUUUCCUCAAGAAUCUUUUCUCUCUGGGCUGGCUAAUUGAAAGAGUGCCUGCCUGCCUGCUUAGAAGCUGUGGCACUCUCAGAGAUCCUGGUGGUCCAUUUGGGAGCUCUAAGUUUGGUGUCUUGACCUUGAGACCUUCCUAAGAGCAUGCUCAGAAAAUUGCCAAGAGCAGAGAAGGCUAAGUUUGAGGACUCCUCACCUUUCAUAGGGUGAAAGAUGGCCCAUUUUUUAUUUACUUGCCCUGCCCUGGCUUGCUGAGCAGGGUCUGUUUGUCCAGGGUGAGGGCCCUGCACUGCUGCUGGGGCCUGGCUGGGCCCUAGAUCCCUGGGUAGAGGGCACGGUGGCAGUGGAGCCCCUGGUGAGAUAUGCUCUGAAAAGAGCCUGUUAACAAGUCUGGCUGCUGUGCUUCUUGGAGCUUAAGAGCCUGAUUCACCUGCCCCUUGAGUUUCUUCCCAAAGGUCAACCUUUGUAGGAAAGAUCUGGCUGAGAUUUCUAGCCUUGAGGCCACAGGGAGUGUAGGCUCCUGCCUGAGGGUAGCUCCUUUCCAGGAGAACUCUUCACCUGUGCAUGCUUCCUUGAUUAGUUCCAGAGGUCUGCCUUCACCUACACAAGAGGAGGGCGUGAGCAGAGCUUUUCUCCAGCAGCUGGUCUAAGGUAGAGUUGGGAGGCCUAGCACAUGAGCACCAUAGCAGUGCAAGGUGUAGACCUAGACAGCAGUCAUCCUCUGUGCCUCAGUUCCCCCACUGGUUAAAGAGAUGGUCCAUUUUCCUUGCCUACCUCAUGGAGCUGUAAUGAGGAUUCAUGGAGAAGCACUUUGACCCUUUGAAGGAUGACUAGACACCAAAGCGCCCCCACCCCCCACAGGCAGUACAGUGGUGAGGACAGCAGGGUGUGUGUGUGUGUGUGUGUGUGUGUGUGUGUGUGUGUGUGUGCGCGCGUGUGUGUGUGCGCAUCUGACAGGCCUUAGCUCUGAGGCAUGGCCCUCAGAGCCUGCCAGUCUUAAAGGUCACUGUCAGACAAUACCAGGUUCCUCUUAGGCCUGGCCAUACAGUCUGUGUGGAUGGAUAGGUUCCACUCAUUCCUGUCCGUUGGGGACCCUUCCUCUACCUUAAAGGUAGACCCUGCCACCACCCUGAGUAUGUAGCAGCUCAGUAUCAGUACCAGAGCUGAGGGAGGGGGGAUGGCCUUCGGCACCCAUGCAAUGGCUUGCCCUAGCCUAAUCCUGCAAGCCUCACUUCUUCCUCUAGCCUCCAUCUCAAAUUUAAUUCCGCAUAAAAACCGGCCUGGUGGUACUUACCAGGGCCAGGGUCCUGGACCCUCACUUGCUCCCCAAACCCCCACGCCCUCCAGAGGCUGACGGCCUUGCGUGAGGAUGACUCCGUCCGCUUCUGCAGACUGUCCAGCUCGCUGUGACUGAUUUCUAGGAUGUGUGUAUGUGUUGCUAGAUUUUUUUUUUUUAAUGGAAAGCAGGAUUCAUGUAAAUAGCUUUUUUGGGAGCAGAUGCUGAUCUGUCCCAUGUGACCAUGUGGACGAUUUCAAGGUGCUGAAGCGACACUAAUAAACUGACGGCGCUCAGGCCGCCCACGGCUGUGA